CUCGCACAAGUCUGCGAGUUGCUAGUCGGUUGCGGAGCGAUGGUGCUCGAGGGGACCGAGGUCUGGGUGUGAAGCUGCACGGAGACCUGGACACGAAAAAAACCUGCCUGUGAAUAUGAGCAAGGACGAACCUCCGCGUCGAGCCGCUUCCUUUAAGUUCACUAUUGACAGCAUUCUCAAUCUGAAGUCGAGCGCACGAGUGUUUGACAGCUGUCACUCAAAAGCUCCGCGCGUUCCAGUCCGCGGAGACGCGCUUCCUCUUCGGCACGAGAACUCUCUUAACGAUCGGACGCGUGCAGAAGUAACCACCGGAUGCGAGGAUGAACCUUUCCAAAGCGCUGCCGGCGGAAGCGCAGACACGCACGGAAGCUCUGCGCUUGAGAACGGCACCGAGAAGAGCACACGGAUGGCGGCGAAAAAGAAAACACGCACCAUCUUUUCCAAGCGGCAGAUCUUCCAGCUGGAGUCAACGUUCGACGCCAAGCGGUACCUGAGCAGCGCGGAGCGCGCGUGCCUGGCCAGCUCUCUGCAGCUCACCGAGACUCAGGUGAAAAUAUGGUUCCAAAACCGGCGGAAUAAAUUAAAAAGGCAGCUGCUGUCGAGUGAAAUGGACGGACCGAGUAACGAGUUGAACGACAGCGCAAAAACAGUGACGCUUCCGCUGUUCUAUAAAGAAAACGCUUUAUUAGGAAGAUGUUUAUUACCGACUGCUCUGCCGCUCGUGUAUCCCGGAAGCAACGCGCCUUACUUGUGCUUCUCAAACGCCAACAAAUACUUCGGGCUUUUUGAAGAUGUUUGACUUUCUUAAAUCCACUUUUUGAAAGGUCACUAUAUUUUUUUUCUUGCAAAAUGAGUAAAAACACGUCGAUUUUUUAGCCUAAACCUUUAAAGUAUUACUUUUCUUGCCUUUUUUUUUUGCAGUGAAAGUUGAGAGAUUAACAGGGACCUGUUUAUUUCUAUGCAAAGCUGAAAAGCUGAGGUUAUUUAUUUAUAAACUUUAACUAUUUUGAUAUAGCCUAACAUAUUUUAUACUCUUAUGACCACAUAUUGAGCAGCAGCCAUAUCCCCUCCAGUGCCAACCUACAGAACAUCAAGUUUACAUUAUUAUUAUUAUUAUUAUUAUUAUUAUUAUUAUUAUUAUUAUUAUUACAACUUCACCAAAGAUCUAUGACUGCAUGUGUGUUGUUUAUAACUUCCUGCAUAUAGGCUUACAGCUCAAUUCAACCCAUUUGAAAUGAAUGUAAAUGCUAUUAAUUAUUAUUAUUAUUAUUAUUAUUAUUAUUAUUAUUAUUUUGUUAUUCGUUUACUGCAUGUUUAUUUUUAUCACCUUAUUUCUUAUUGGUGUAAUGUGGCCAAGUAGCUCACAUUUAGGCCUCUUCACACCAUUUUUAUUAAAUUUCCUGUUUUACACUUA